AUGAUAAAUUUUUAUGAUUUAAAUGUUAAAUCUCAAGUUGACAAAAGCCAUAAUCAUCAACAAGGUGGUUACAACCAUCAUCCCCAGCCGCCUCAAGGUGGUUACAACUAUCCACGACCCGAAUCCAGACCUAGACCUCACGGUGGUUACAAUUAUCCCCGACCCAACCCGCCGCAAGGUGGUUACAAUUAUCCCCGACCUAAGCCGCCACAAGUUACACAGCCGCCACCUCCACCUCCGCCACCUCCACCUCCACCACCACCACCUCCACCUCCACCACCUCCAACACCUCCACCACCUCCACCAACGCUGCCACCGCCACCGCCAAAAAUUAUAAUUACUGUACCUCCAACGACUAGGAAAAUAUCCUUAGCUAUAAAAGAAGUAAUUGAUGUAUAUCAAUUGGAGGAGAAUAUACUGGCCUGUACUACAGAUAAUGCCAAUAACAUCCUAAAAAGCAUGGAUAUUUUGCAGAAUAUUUAUAAGGAACAAAAAUUUAAAGGCUUUAGAUGCUGUGCCCACAUUCUAAACCUAAUAUCUCAGGAAGGUGGCGGAACAAUUCUUAGCUGUAAACCCCGAUUCACCAAGCCAGAACAAUGCGCUCCAGUCACAUCCGGAACUAAACCACCAGAGACCACGUGUCAGCCACAGGUUAUAACUCCUAAACCGACGCCUACACCAUGCCCUCCAAAUGGUUCAUCCUACGGAAGCCUCGUGCCCUCAGAAUGCUUGACAGUGAAUAAAGACGCAGCGAAUGAAGCCAGGGAUGUUAAUGGUUAUUUUAAAAUAAUCCCCUAA